AUAUAAAAAGUCCUCUGCUUUGUAGUUUGUUGUUGAGCUUUGGUGAAAAAACCCCCUUUUUUCUGGAUGCCAUGGGAGGAUCCAAUCGAUCCGUCUUCUUCUUGUUCCAAUUCUGCAGACGAUUACACACAUUAACCAAAAGUAGCCCUAGCGAUGCAUUCAAGAAAAGGAUUGCAGAAUUAGAAAAAGAUCGACGAAGGAGGAACCCUAAAAGGAACCGAUUGUUUGUAGAGACACCUGAAUCGUUAUCAUGGCUUGAUACCGCCAGUAUGCCAAUGUUUGCGACUGUUGCAGGCAUCGCACUCUUCGCUAAACUUCUCAUGAUGUAUGACGAUGCACAUUCACAAGAAAGGAUAGAGAGGAAGAUACAAAAUGCUCCACCUGGUCAAGGAACGGUCAGGAUGCUUACGCGAGAGGAAUGGGAAGAAUUUCGGGAAGUUAGGCCAAGAACUCCAUUUGAAUCAAAGCUUGCUCGUCCUAACGCCCGUAUAAGAACCGGCGAGCCACUACACAUGGAAGAUGUGAAGGAUUGGACAAUCGAUGUGCUGACAGAUGCUCUUACUAGGGCUGAAGAAUGUGUCAAACAGGGAUCCAAGUAGAUUCAAUCCACAAACACCUAGAAAUAGAUAGAUCCCGAGCUCUUGGGUAUAUUAGUCUUCUUAGCAUAUAUGCAGCAAAUUUCAGCGACUUCUUGCUACAAAUUCAACUACCUAUACAUGAUUAGUUUGUUUGAGAUUUGUUUUUUCCAGUUUUUGUAAACCUACAACUACCAUCAUUUUUAACUUCUUAAAUCUCAAUAAGGAGGUGCUUGGACAAUUCUAAGUUUUUCGAUGUGAUAUUGUGAGAGCAUUCUCUUUAGAGUCA